UUGCCGUGGCGACAGGUCCUCCUUUUGGGGCGGUCCCUAGGAGGGGUGACAUCACUGGAGGGGGGAGGAGGCCCCGGAACUGAUGCCCCUUUGGCUGAGAAAGUUGCGGGGACGGGGGGGGGGCAGACAGAUGCCAGCUCAGCCCUGGCAUGGGGGCGGCACCCACUUUCUGUCUGUCUCUCUGUGCUUCUAAAUUCCUCCCAUAAAGCUGCCCCUUCCAGCAUCCUUGCGCACUCCCCAUCAUCAGUCCCUCUUCUUCUGCUCCUCUUCCUUCCUCCUCCUUUCUCUGCUCUUCCUUUUCUUGCUUCUUGGCUUCUAAACUGGCCCUGGCCCUCAACAUUUUGGAGAUGCGGCUGCUUUAAGGACCUCCCGGCUUCUCCCCCCCCUCUCCGCCGGCCGGCCGGCCUUCUCCAUCCUCCAGCCACCCCCAUGGGGCUCACCCUCCUGCUCUCCGCUUACAAGCUCUGCCGGUUAGCCAUGUCCAGCCCCGAGAUGCAAACCCCCGAGGCAGGGGCUGAAGCGGCCGCCGCGUCCAAAGUCGGGAGCCCCGAGGGCUGGUGGGCCGAGGGUCUCGGGCCCUGCCAGGAGGUCUCGCCUGGGAUGCACGCCGACAUCCAAGCCUCCCUCGACCGGAUCCUGCCCGAGCUGCACCAGGCCAUCUCGGCCACCAAGCAAGCGGCCGGCCCCGAGCAACUCCGGCAGGGCCUGGCGGAGAUCCUGGCGCUGGUGGAGGAAGCCUGGGUCAUGCCCGCCGUGGGCCGGGAGGUGGCCAGAGCGCUGUGCCACGCCAUCCGCCUGGAGGGGGCCCUGGACCUCCUCCUCAACCUACUCCAGUCGGCGGAUCCGGAGACCAAGUGCGAGGCGGGGAAGCUGCUGGAACAGGUGUUGCUUUUCCGUUAUAGGAACCGGGUGGCUCAGAUCGGGCUGGGCGUGAUCCUGAACCUGGCCCAAGAGCGGGAGAACCUGCCCCUGGCCCGGAGCACGGCAGGCAUCCUGGAGCACAUGUUCAAGCACUCGGAGGAGACGUGCCUCCAGCUGAUCUCUGACGGUGGCCUGGACGCCAUCCUCUACUGGUGCCGCUGGAGCGAUCCCGUGGUCCUGCGCCACUGCGCCACGGCCCUGGCCAACUGCGCCAUGUACGGCGGGCAGGCCAACCAGCGGCUGAUGGUGGAGAAGCGGGCCUCGGAGUGGCUCUUCCCGCUGGCCUUCGCCAAGGACGACGCCCUCCUGCGGUUCCAGGCCUGCCUGGCCGUGGCGGUGCUGGCCACGAACAAGGAGGUCGAGAAGGAAGUGGAGCGCUCGGGGACUCUGGCCCUGGUGGAGCCCUUCGUGGCCACCCUCGACCCCGGGCGCUUCGCCCACCUCCUGCUGGGCAGCGCCGACAACAGCCAGGGCCGGACGGCCGACGACCUCCAGUGCCUGGUCCCCUUGCUGGACAGCUCCCGGCUGGAGGCCCAGUGCAUCGCCGCCUUCUACCUGUGCGUGGAGGCCGCCAUCAAGGCCAGGCAGAAGAACACCAAGAUUUUCACCGAAAUCGGGGCCGUCCAGAGCCUCAAGCGGAUCGUCUGCUACUCGUCUAAUGGAACCACCUCCACGCUGGCCAAGCGGGCCCUAUCCACCAUGGGCGAGGAAGUCCCCCGGCGUCUGCUGCCCUCGGUGCCCAACUGGAAACCGCCGGAGGUCCAGAAGUGGCUCCAGCAGAUCGGCUUCGCCCAGCACUGCCCCAAGUUCCUGGAGCAUCAAGUGGAUGGGGAUCUGCUGCUCAGGUUGACAGAAGAGGAAUUAGAGGUGGAUCUUGGCAUGACCUCUCGCAUCACUCGCAAGCGGUUUUUCCGGGAGCUGACCGAACUCAAGACGUACGCCAACUACUCCACCUGCGACCGCAGCAACCUGGCCGACUGGCUCAGCAGCGUCGAGCCCAAGUUCCGCCAGUACACCUACAACCUCGUCACCUGCAGCAUCGACCGGAAUUUCCUCCACCGGGUCACCGAGCAGCAGCUGGAGCAGGACUGCCAGGUCAGCCUGGGUUUCCACCGGGUCCGGAUCCUGAACGCUGCCCGAGAGAUGCUCCACUCGCCCCUGCCCUGUAGCAGCGGGAAAUCCAUCACCGAGGGGACCGAUGUUUUCAUCAGCUACCGGAGAAGCACCGGAUCCCAGCUGGCCAGCCUCCUCAAAGUCCACCUCCAGCUGCACGGCUUCAGCGUCUUCCUGGAUGUGGAGAAACUGGAAGCCGGGAAGUUUGAAGACAAGCUGACCCAGAGCGUCGUGAAUGCCCAAAACUUUGUGCUGGUCCUCUCCCGCAACGCUCUGGAUCGGUGCAUGGGAGACACCGAGAAAAGAGACUGGGUCCACAAGGAAAUUGUCACCGCCUUGAGCUGCGGGAAAAACAUCAUCCCCGUCACGGACCACUUUGAGUGGCCUGAUCCGGAGCAGGUUCCAGAGGACAUGAGAGCCGUCCUUAAAUUCAACGGGAUAAAAUGGUCCCACGAGUACCAAGAGGCCACCCUGGAGAAGCUCAUCCGUUUCCUGCAAGGCCGUUCCUCCCGGGAUUCGUCUGCCGGUUCAGAGAACAGCCUGGAGGGCGGCCCAAUGAUGGGGCCGAACUAAGGGCGGAGGCGGCCGCCCCCCCUCCCUCCCUCCCGUGGUCCCCCUCCUCCCUCCGCAGAAAGGGGCCAAGGAGGACCUGGCCGGCUCCAGGAUCGCUCUGGGCGGGCCAUUUCUAAGACAUCCCAGAUUGGGGGCGGGAGGGGGGGGGACCAAAUCAAGAGGAGGGGAGUUACUUUUUCAGACUGCAGCUCCCAAAACACCCCUGGGCCAGACUGGCGCAUGCUGUCGGUAGCCACCCACCAAAGGGGGGGGGGGAAGUUCCUUUCCCGAACGUAGAGGAUAAAGCAGUCCUUCAGCUGCCCUCCCUCCUCUCUCUCUUUCUCUCCCCCUUUUUGGGGCUCCCCUCGUGUCCCCCACCACCACCACUCCCCCUUUGCAGCUUGUGGCCUUUCCAGAGAUGCAAAACCCUUUCAGUGCCUGAGCCGAGGGAUCGGUCGCCGAAUAAACCCCAGCAGGGGUCGCUCUGUAGGGCUCCGCUGAUAUUAAAAGGAUUCUCGCCGGACUCUCGUGGUGGCCUCUGCCGUUUUCCUGCCACUGGUCCUUUGCAAAGGGAGCCCAAGGGGGGGGGAGGCGUUGAAGCACUUUGCAAGUGGGGCUGAGACACAGUCAGUCGGUCGGUCGAGAGGGUCCUUGUCUUUGGUGCAAAGGGACCAUCAUCCACCUGCCUGGGGGGCCAUCAUCCGUCAAGGGCUGGUCCCAGUCGACCUGGCCAUAGUGCAACAGCUCCAGACCAGGGGACCCAUUUUUCCUGGCAGGAGAAAUCAGUGGCCUUCCAGGUACCAUGUUUUUGGAACUGUGUUUCAAACUUUUUCGCACCCUGUCUCUCAGGGUUUUUUCCCCCCUUGGGCAGUCUGGAAAAACGAGUCCCCUUGGCAUGCGCUUCUGAGCGCUGUUGUUUCCCCAAAGGGCUUCAUCCUUUUGCUGACGCAGCAAGGCCAGGUAAACGCAGCGGCUCCGGGCGGGAGGCCAGAAUUCUUUCAAGGAAGUGGAACAGCCCGGCAGGUACAACGUCCAAGACCGGGAUGUAGAAACCUACCUUUGAUCCAUGGCCGGCUGUCCUUGCGGCCAGCCGGCCGGAGGAGGGUGUGUGCACCAAGGGGACUGAGGAGGAGCAGGAUGCUCUGGAAGUGGCGUCCCCCCUCCCCAGCUGAAGAAGACCUCCGCCCACCCACCCAGAUGGAGGUCGACAGGGGGCGGCUCCUGGCCAGCUGAACAGAGCAGGAGAAAAAUCUUAUCGUUUUGAACUUUUUUUUCCGCCAAGAAGUGGGACUCCAGCUCUC